AUGCCUCCCUUGCCAGAGUGCACACCUGACCAAGACCCUCGCAAGGACUUGAACAUUCACAGAACCUAUCACGAGACAUCGACAUCGUUCACAACCCAGAGAGAAUUCUUGCAGAACUGGAUUGAUCAAUGUCGUUCAUUGGCUAGAGGAGAACCUGCCUUUGUAGCAACGGAGUGCCGGGUUGGCAACGUCGGGAAGGUCAGAUUCUUUGGUGUUUGUGAUAAAACCACCCUAUUGGCGUUGGGAUACGUCUGUGAGCUGAUUUUGACGGAUCCGAAAGGGGAGGCUGCCGUCAGAACCUACUUUACCAAUUAUGGGACGGUGCUGAAGCGACAUAUGAUGGCAAUGGGAAAAUCCAGCAAACGCAAUGACACCCGCAGUGCCGGCUAUUUUGGGGAAGGGGUCAAGGUGGCUAUUAACCGACUAACUGCCGAGGGUGCCCGCGUGCGAUAUUUCACUGGAUGGAAUCUGUGGACCUUUGAGUACGACCAGGAAGAUAUUUUACAACUCAGGUUCCAACACCUUUCCAGCCCACAGGCCACUACCGCAAUAGUUGAUCUGCUGAACGAUUCCGGAGUACGCUUUCCUCUACGGCGAAACUUCACGCUUCGGCCCAUUGACACCGCCGACUAUCUAUUCCUGCAUCGAGCCGCAUACCCGAACAUCCAAACCAAUAUUCUAAGGACUACGGACAUCGAAGUGAUUGUUGAUGUUCCGGAAUUAUUCGGCAACUUGUACGUGAAAGACAUCAAAUGCAUCGCAGAUACAGACCUCCGCGUGAAAGGCCGUGUGGACGGGAAGAGUGUUGAGUGGGGAUUUGCUGUGAAUUAUAUCGGGCCACAGACGAACUACAAUUUGUUAGGGUUGAGUCGGGACCGAAACACUCUGUAUCCGGGCAAAAUCCUACGCUUUGUUCCCGGUUUAUUCAGUUCACUCGAUACACUGAUCUCGCCAAGCGAUAAGCGCACGUUCGCUGCCUAUCUAUUAAAGAUGUUGAUGCAGCAGUCUCAAACAUCUGGGGGGCUUUCCAACCAACUCCGCAACUCUAAUGAUAGAAAGGUCGACCAGAUCUUUGCAGAUUACAUCUUUUUUGCCCUCGCAUCGUCUGUUGCCAUGCGUCCGCUAGUCGAAGACGAUCUUCAGCACUUCUUUCCUUUCUUGAAAUACGAGCAGGAUGAUGCGAAACAGGCAACUUAUCUGGGAGCCUACGUCAUUGAAGUUCCGCAAGAUGUGUUCAACAUCCUUGAACUCUCCAGAUUUUAUCAGAAGCUUACCCAAUUAUGGGACCGGAAGAAAGAGGAGGCAAAACGACAGCCUGACUAUGACCUUUCGCCGAUUGCCGCAUUUGCAGAUGAUUUAUGUAAAGCUAUCUAUUCAUUCUUCCAAAUCCCUCGUGAGGCCAUCGCAUUCAAGGCUUUCCCGAUCAAUCGCGAAAACCCGAACCAGACCGUUGUCAUCGACGUCCCUGUUCCAAAUCUUCCUAGCGGCAAGGGAUAUAUCAUUGACGGGAACUUAUUAAAUCGACCCGCUGCACACCGAAUUCAACGUAAGCAGACUGGGGAGAAAUGUGAUAGGACUGAUUGUAUGUGUGUGCAGAUGUGCGUUAUUGAUGCGUUGAAGGUGCUUCUGUCAAACGGAAACCGUUCCAUGCAACGUAAACUGGAGAAAACGAUGUUGAGGAGGAGUUUAGAGGGCUUCAUGCAAAACUUGCCCCCCUCUGUUGCGCAAGAAGAGGAAGAGCAGCAGAAGAUUGGAAGCGCCUUCAGUAAUCCGAGGGAGCAAGAGACGAAUCCUGGUGGCACCCCUUUGCGCUCAUCCUCAACAGGCGAAGCGGGCAAUCGCCGCCAUACGGGUACCAAAACUCAACCUCCACCCGAUAUUGCGCAGGACACCGGUGAUGAAGGCCCUCGUCUUCCUGUCAAGCCAACUGACUUGGAAUCCUUGGCGAAUGAUAUUGUAAGAGACGUCCAAGAAUAUGCGCGCAAUGCCAGCUCUAGUGCCCCAGACUCUAUCCUCCACGUCGCGAAUCCAGUCAAGAAAUGGAAACUGGUGACGUGUGACGGAUGUCCUUGUUUGAACCUCGUAAAAGUUCACAAUCUCUACAUCGACGCCAAUACCACUUCCCCACCCGGAGCAGAAAUUCUUAACCUUCGUGAUGUCUUCUGGGACCUCGUUCUCGCACCUCUGGCAAAUCUCUUCAAAUAUCCGAAAACCAAGGUGCACAUAUUUUGGGAAGGUAAGGGUUUGAUAGCGUUCAACAAAGGCGGAAUCCUCUACUACAACCUUCGAUAUUUUGAUGUGCUGCACCGGAAGAGAGUCGAGUCGUAUGAGAUUCCGGAGGUUUUGAUGUGGUGGUUCGUCAUAUUUGCCCAUGAAUGCGCACACAAUGUAGCAUCCGGACAUGACAAAGAACACGAAUGGGCAGAGGAGAUUCUGAUUCAGAAACAUUUAUCAGAUUUGAUGGAGUUAUGUACGACGUACAAGAACUAUUAACAAGAACUAUUAACUAUUUUGCGUUGGUGGUAGGCAAUACCAUUAGAGCGGGCGUAUCAGAUUGUAUCAGGGAUUUGUAGUGUGCUAAUGUAUAUAGGUUAUCACCCCAAUCGUACAAGUUGGUUAUUUGAAUUAUUGAUUUAUUUGACAUCUUUUGAAAAGUGAAACGGAAUUAGAAACUGUC